AUGGUGGCUCUAUCUCAAAUCCUUCGAUCCCUCCUACUAACCGCCAGGCGAACGUUGCCGGCCACCUCCACGCAGCCCUCAGUCAUCGGUACCGCCACAGUCGACCUGAACUACACCACCUACGAGGGCUUGCAGCUGUCCAACGGGGUCAAUGCCUUCUGGGGCAUGCGGUAUGCGGCACCGCCGCUGGGAGAGUUGAGAUGGCGGGCGCCGAGAGAGCCAGUGAUGGUAGAGGGUGUACAAAGCGCGAAGACGAUACCCCCCCUCUGCUUGGGCAUCAACAGGGGCUAUCCCUCGUCCGGCGAAAGCGAGGACUGCCUUUUUGUCAACGUCUGGGCGCCGAGCAACGCGACCCAGACCUCGAAGUUGCCCGUGUGGUUGUUUAUCCAGGGCGGUGGCUACGUCGCCAACACCAACGGCAACUGGGACGGCAACGAGGUGGUGGAAAAAUCGGGCCGUAAUAUUGUUAUGGUCAACUUCAACUACCGUGUUGGCCUGUGGGGGUUUUUGGCGAGCGAACGGGUGCGGGGCGACGGCGUGCUGAAUGCCGGGUUGCUGGACCAGCGGCUGUUGCUGAAAUGGGUGCAGACGCAUAUUGCUUCGUUCGGCGGCGACCCCUCCCACGUCGUCAUCCACGGCGCCUCGGCCGGCGCCGGCUCCGUGGCCACCCACCUCGUCGCCUACGGCGGCCGCAACGAGAACCUCUUCAUCGGCGGCAUAUCCCAAUCCCUCUUCUUCCCGGCCCAGCCCUAUGUCCGCGAGCUCGAGUACCAGUUCGACCGUGUCGUGAGCCAGGCCGGGUGCGACAACGGCGUCCAAGACCAGGACCAGAUGGCGUGUCUGCGGGGAAAAGACACGGCCGUGCUGCAGGGUGCCAAUGUUGCACAGCCGUUCCCUGGCCGUGACGACCCGCCUAUACCGCUGUUUUACUGGGCGCCGUGUGUGGACGGGGAGAUUUUGACUGAUGUGCCGUAUCGGUUGUUUGAGAAGGGGGAGUUUCUUCGGGUGCCGAUGGUCGUGGGGACUAAUGCGAAUGAGGGCGCCACCUUUGCCCCCAACGCAGCCUCCCAGUCCGACAUCGCCGUCUUCUUCCGCAACAACUACCCACUCCUCACAGCCAACGACACCGACGACAUCCUCGCGCAGUACCCGCUCCAGCCCCCGCUACCACAGCACGAGGCCUGGUUCCCGUCUGCCAGCCAAGCCUACGGCGAAGCCACGUUUAUCUGUCCGUCGCAGAAUGUGCUGUCCUUCUUGCAACAGAAAGGUAAUGGCCAGGGGCCGGCCAUGUAUGCGUAUCGAUUUGAGGUCUUGGAUCAGGAGUAUGUCAAUGCUGGGAUUGGUGUGCCGCACCUCUUCGACGCCCCAGCAAUCUUCGGCCCCCACGCCAUCACGGCCCCCACCGCCGUAGCAGCCAGCUACUCCACAUACAACGCUGCUGUCGUGCCCCGCGUGAUGGCUUACUACCUCAGCUUUGUGCGGGCGCUCGAUCCGAAUGUGUACCGUGCUCCGGGGGCGGCACGGUGGGAGGUGAUUGGCGGUGGGGGAGUGGAUGCAGGGAGAGCUAAGAGACUGGUGAUUCGCACAGAAGGGUCAACGAUGGAGGAGACGGACCAGGGCGAGUGGGAGCGGUGCGGGUUCUGGAGUGGUUUGGCUGGCGGGAGGAUGAGGCAGAGGUGA